AAAUGCCUCUUCAGAUUCUUUGCCUCGUUUUCUCUGCAAUUUUCGGUGAGCCCCUUUCGUCUUCCUUUCCAGCAUUUUCGACCUGAACAGAAUAUGGGUCUUUCUUGAGGUUGGGGUUUUUGGGUGAGAAUGUGCUAUUGACUGUGGUGAAGAAAGGAAGUGUUUGUUUUGGGGAUUUAGAAGCACAAGCGUCAACAACCUUGACAGCUACACACAUUUAUAACUUCCAGAUUGCAAAGUAUUGGUCGUGUCAGCUACGAAGCCAGAGUCCUCUGCUUCAGGAAUUCUGUUCUUGAGCGUUUCAUUUUGGGAGUUGGAAACUUGGAAUGAGGGUUGUAAUGGGGUUGCAGCAGUUGGAAUCAUCGAGAACAAUUGAACAGCUAAGCGGUAGCCAUUCUGAGGAAAGAUUGGGAAGAUUGUCCUUGGAAAAUGGGCCCGAGUAUAAGAGACCCAGAGUGUCUGCUUUUCGUGACUUCCCUCCUGGGUGUGGACAGUAUGCAACUUCAGUUGGUACUUCUAAUGGCAUUGGUAUGGACAUGACUGUGGCUAAAAAAUAUCCUCCUCAAAGAAUAGUAGAAUAUGUUCGGGAUUUCCCACCUCAAUGUGGAAUAAAUAUAUGUUUCGAGGCCAAGGCUUUUGAUGAUGUGAAAAAAUCAGAAGUGGAUGUUCAAGAUGAAGAGCUUCACUACAGUGAAUUGAAAGCAGAUGUUUCUCAAGUCAAUGGUGGCUACUUUCUACCUAGUAAUAUGAUGGAACGGAGGAUGGAACGUCCAAGGGAGAAGUCUUUUGAUAUAUCUAAUUCUCAUAACCAUCUGCUUGAAGAAGAUGUUGAGAGUUCAGAACUGAAAUUGAAUAAAGUAAUUCCGAACUUGAAGCCUGCAUCACAUCCUUCCUGGUGGAAGGGAAAAGUGGCCCGCAAGUCUAAACCAGGAGGAGGUAUGAGUGAAAGACAGGGAGAGAAACCUGAUUCAAAGCUUCAGCUAGAAAGAUCUAAAGAUGCUUGGAGGACAAAAGUUGGCUCAGAGAUUGGAGGACACUCUAAAAAGAAUAUUCAUUCAAUAGCAGGGAAGACUACUGGUUUUGGUCAGGCUAGUUCUAGCAGCAGCCUUCAUGAUAAUAACACAGAUGCCAUCCGAAAAAAGGUGACAGAGACGUUGGGUCGUUUCAAAGCUCUUUGUAGACAACUGGAACAUGACAAGUCAAAGGAAGGAGGAACUCCACUCAGAAGGGUCGAUUUAAAAGCUGCAAAGAUUCUCAAGAAGGAAGGAAAACAUAUAAAUACUGGCAAACAAAUCUUGGGACAUGUCCCCGGUGUUGAAGUUGGCGAUGAAUUUCAUUACAGGAUUGAACUUAAUAUUGUUGGCUUACAUCACCCAACUCAAGGUGGUAUAGAUUAUGCUACUUUUGGUGGGAAGAUGCUUGCAACUAGUAUUGUUGCAUCUGGGGGAUAUGCUGAUGAUUUGCAUAAUUUGAAUUCCUUGACUUACACGGGCCAAGGAGGAAAUGUGAUGCAUCCGGAUAAGGAACCUGAAGAUCAAAAGCUUCAACGGGGAAACCUUGCUUUGAAGAAUAGCAUGCAUGCAAAGACUCCUGUUAGAAUGAUCCGUGGUUCUGAAUCAUCAGAUGGAAGAACUAAAUAUUAUAUAUAUGAUGGACUAUAUUUGGUAGUGAAGUGUUGGAAGGAAAUGGGGCCUCAUGGUAAGCUUGUUUUCAAGUUUCAACUAGACAGAAUUGAGGGUCAGAGCUUGCUACGAAAGAAAUAACUUCAGAAUUUAGCAUUAAAACACAUUAUCUAGCUCGUAUUUGGAUGUAUCGUGCUGUUUUUCAGCUGUUCCUUCUCAACUCUAUUACCAACAACGCAACACCAGCUGAGUUCGUGCAAGAUGAGGUCCUUUUCUUGGUGAAUGGACUGUUUGUUCUUUUCUUUGCUCCAUAUUGCUUCAGUAUUUUGUUAUUAUAAAAUUAGGAUUAUAUUUGUCCAAAUCGUGUUCGUUUGUUUCAAGUGAACCAGUUACCAACAAAUAUUGGAAUUCAGAUUAUGUUGCUCA